CCGCCGUAGGGAUACCAAUCUCCGCGGCAAGUCUGCUUCCGUCAACCCCCCACCUUCAAGGAUAUAUGUUCAAGAAGUUCGAGAUGUCCCGUCCGGCCAGACAAUUGCAUGAUACCAAUAAAUAAAAAUAAAAUUUCGCGGUUCACUGUGCUUGUCAUGGCCACUCAAAUUUCGGUUCAGCCAAGUGCACGCAAGAUUGGGCCACGAAAGCAUGUCACUCCACAGUGGGUCUCACUUGUGUCAGGAGGUGUGGCUGGUGGUGUAGAGGCAGCAAUAACGUAUCCGUUCGAGUACUCCAAAACGAGAGUCCAGCUUGUUCAACAUGGUUCGGUGGCUAGGACGAAUCCCGUUCGACUGAUCUUGGAUGUAGCCCGACAAGAAGGAGUCCGUUCUUUGUACACGGGGUGUACCACCUUGAUAGUUGGCACCGCUGGAAAGGCAGCAGUACGAUUCGUGUCCUAUGAUACGAUCCGCAAUUCCUUGUCUGAUGAGCAAGGGAGGCUUUCAGCAGGAGGAGGCAUUCUAGCUGGCAUGGCAGCCGGCGCUGUUGAGAGUGUUUUAGCCGUUACCCCUACCGAGCGAAUCAAAACUGCAUUGAUCGACGACGCAAAGACAAAUCGCCAAUUCAAGUCCGGCAUGCAUGCUGCCAGAGUGCUAGUCCAAAGACAUGGCCUCUCUGAACUCUAUCGAGGCCUAGUUUCCACCACGAUCAAGCAGUCGGCCACCUCCGCAGUACGCAUGGGAACAUACAAUAUUCUCAAAGAGGCGACCAAAAAGCAAGGGGUGACCUCGAACGUGUUUACUUCGUUCGGAACGGGAGCUGUGGCGGGGAUCGUGACGGUCUAUGCAACUCAGCCCUUUGAUACCAUCAAGACGAGGGCACAAAGCGUUCAAGGUGCUGGCAUUAGUGAGGCAGUCAAAAGUGUAAUGCGCGAUUAUGGUGUCAGGGGUUUCUGGAAAGGAAGCUCUAUGCGACUUGGGCGUCUUUUCCUCAGCGGUGGAAUCGUGUUUUCAGUAUAUGAACAGGUUUCGGCCUUGCUGGCUCCAGCUACGUUUAAUUAGAUAGAAUCCUCAUUCGAUAGAGUAGACAAUGGCAGCUUUGGUUUCAUGGCAUG